AUGUCUUUCAUGUCCGACAACCUCGAACCCACGCUAUCCCAAGCAGAGAGAAUGCUGCCCAUCAAAAUCCCCCGCAGCCUGCGUGGCCGCGAUGACGAGAAAGAGAACGUCUCUUCCAAGUACUCCAAAGUCGUAAUAAACCUACCUGGCGUCGAAGGAACCACCAUCACCACUCGUAGAAAUACGUUCCAUCCUGCAGAAGCGUUUCUUACUCCUUUAAAACCGCUGGAGCGGCCCGCUGUGACUUCGCCCAGAGGCAAACGGCCAACUGAGUUUUAUCAGGUAAACAAUCUGAGUCUGACCAAGAGUCCAUUGCUUAGGCUCCAGAAAUUGCGGGAGCAGGCGCAGGAAAGAUUGAGAAAUGGGAGUUUCGGGCUGACAGAUACAUCGCCCUUGCGUAAUGUUGCACAUGUUAGUAGUAAUAGUAGAGACAGCGACAGUCUGGCCAGUGAGGACGUGGCUUUGAAUCGGAGCGUGACGUUCGCCGCUCAUGACGAUGUUCUUGAGAGCAGCCCAUCGAAGAAGGUGGAUAUUUUGAGUGAGACUACCAUAGGUGCUCGUGUUUCGCAGGGGGCCUCAUAUAGCAGUCCUCAAGUAGAUAGAAGCAACAAUGGAACUACCGAACCAAUCGCUGAAGCCAACUUUUCUCGCACGUAUGUGCAAGAGCUCCAGGAAGUUCAUCGCGACAGGCUUCAAGAGCUCGAGGACAAGAUAGCAUCGAAGACCAAGGAGAUCAAGCACCUCAACACUCAGAUCUAUGGCAUGAGACAGAAUCUAGCAGAUCUUCAGGAUAAAAACUUGCAGCAAAACAAUAAUCUAGAAUUGAGUCGGGAUCAGAAGAGCAUGCUUGAAGAGGAGUUGAGGUCGAGAAAUGAAAUGAUUGUGGUUCUAAACCGCGACCUUGCCCAACAAAAGUCGAUGAGCACGGAAUCUCAGGUGAGAAUCAAGCAGAUAAAAAUGGAAAUGGAAGAGAAUGUAAAAGAUGCUGAUCAUUUGCGGCAGGAGGUGCGCCUGCUCGAGGAAACGAGAGACGUGCUUGAACGACUAACCGAUGAGCAAAAGAAGAGUCUAGAGGAAUCAAGGGCGCUCAUAGAUGCAUUGCAAGAGGAGAAGUUAGACCUUUUGAAAACGCUCGAAGACUCUGAGGCAUCCGCCCGCUCGUUGCAACGUGACCUAGAUAUCAUGAAAACGGAUUUGGCUGAACUUCGUGACGAAAACGUUCAGCUGAAACAAACGAUUGAAGAAAAGGAACUUGCACAGAGAUCCUCAAAUGAGAAGCUACAAGAACUCAUGAAGGAAACAGAGACUAUACACGAGGAGAUGGCAACCUUUGAAAAAGAGUACAAGCAAUUGGAAUUACAGCUUCUGGAUAAAACUGCCGCCAUUGAGUCUUUGGAGGCCGAGAACAGGGAAUUUUCCCUUGCAUUGGAAGAGUCGAAAAAAAGUCAUGAUCAACUUCAAAGGGAAGUCUCUCAAUUGCAAUCUGAUCAAUAUGCCCUUACGCAAGACAAAGCUGCAUUGGAGGAACAGAUAAGUGCCUUGAAGAGUCAGCAUUUAGAAAAGGAUGAAAUUAUCAGUGGCGAUACAAACAAAAUGGGUCAGCUUGUUCUGGAAAUCGAACAACUUAAGAAAGACUUGGCUUCCAAAGCAAGGCAACAAGAUGAAUCUGCUUCAAAUUACGAUGCUCAGCAGCAUAUCACCAGUCUUCAGCAACAAAUAGCAAGCGCUCAAGAGAAAACAGACGAGCGCAUUCAAGAGGUUGCUGAACAGUUGUACCACCAGUACUCCAAGAAGCAUGAAGUCAAAGUAGGCCAAUUGAAGAAGAAGUUCGAAAUCAGGUUGGAGGAAAACAGAGCAGAGCUUGAAGCGCAAAAAAGAAAAAUUGAAACUUUGGAGAGACUCCUUCUGGCCGAAACGAAGGACAAGAAUCACCUCCUCAUGCUUCUAGAAGACAGGGAUCUGCUGCGAUUGCGCUAA